GACACCAGCUGAGUUUCCUCUCCGGUGAGGCUGGGGUUCGGUGAGAGGGCAGAACAGGGAGCCGCAGGGUCAGCUCUUGCUUUGGUUUGUUUUCAGUGUUUAAUUGGACCGAGGUCAUUCCCUACCACUCUUAUCCAUGGCAGAUAUUUUUAUGCUUCUCCCCGGUUCAUGCUUACAGUUUUACCCCAGGCGAUAGUUACCCAGCAGCUAAAAUAUUUGUUUAUUAACAAUGCACUGGGAAGCAUCUAUAUUGUUAGAGUUCAGCUUGCAGGUUGUUGGUUUUUUAAACUGCUAUUGUUAUACUUGGGGAAAAAGCAACUUUCCAUAGAUUAGCAGAAAGAGAACCCAAACAUGGCAGUUUAUGCAUCUGUUGGCCUUGAGAUAUGAAGCUGCCCUAUAAAUAAUUGCUUAUUAUUAGGUUGGUCCUUGCUGUCUGGAGCUGCAGGGUACACGGUGUCCGUAUGCCCAGCCACCCCCUGCACCAGGAAUGCUCAGUGCCUUGGGGCAGCCAGCUUCCAGGAGCACACACCGAGCAGGGAGAUGCCACAGCACCCAGCGUCCCCAAAGGACAGCAGCUCUGCCUCUGGCAUGGCAGGCUUGCUCCCUUGUGCUUAACUUGGGUGCAGGAGGGACUGCUGGCUGUCCUUCAGGUCUUGGGGUUGGCACUACUGGCGCACUGACACCCCCACAAUCCUGAAAUAGCCAGGUGAAGAAUGUGGGUGACACCAAAUGUCUGGUUUCUUGGGCAGCCCCAGGCUUUGCCUCCAGCAGGCCACGCAUGAUGAAAGGAGCCAAAUUUGGUGGGGAGACCUGGUGUUUUCUGGGCUCCCAAGGAAGAUGACACAAGUGUCCUGAUGGCUUGUUGAUGAGUAAUGCCACACGUGCUGUGCCCUCUCCCAUGGCACCUGGCAGCCCAGGGCCUGGCACAGCAGCCAGGCUGGCCUCAGCCCCCCCAUUCUCAGCUGUUGCCCUGCUUACGGCUGCCCACAACAACUCCCAGGAUGGCCAGCAGCUCUUCCUGACCACCACAGCGGCGCAGGUCGUCUCUGGCAUCUUCGUGUGGUCAGCACUCACUGUCACCUUCCACCAGAUCUACACUCACCUGAGGAAUUACACCGUCCCAAAGGAGCAGCGCUACAUCAUCCGCAUCCUCUUCAUCGUGCCUGUCUAUGCCUUUGACUCCUGGCUCAGCCUCCUCCUCCUCGGCAGCCACCAGUACUAUGUCUACUUCGACUCAGUGCGUGACUGCUAUGAAGCUUUUGUGAUUUACAGCUUCCUGAGCCUGUGCUUCGAGUACCUAGGAGGGGAGAGCACCAUCAUGACAGAGAUCCGAGGGAAGCCCAUUGCGUCCAGCUGCUUUUAUGGGACCUGCUGCCUUCAGGGUAUGUCCUACUCCAUCGGGUUCCUGCGUUUCUGCAAGCAGGCCACGCUGCAGUUCUGCAUUGUGAAACCCCUCAUGGCAAUUGUCACCAUCAUCCUGCAGGCGUUUGGGAAGUACCACGAUGGAGACUUCAAUGUCCACAGUGGAUAUCUCUACAUCACCAUCAUCUACAACUUCUCUGUCAGCCUGGCCCUUUAUGCUCUUUUCCUCUUCUACUUUGCCACCAUGGACCUGCUGCGCCCGUUUAAGCCAGUCCUCAAGUUCAUCACCAUCAAGGCUGUCAUCUUCCUCUCCUUCUGGCAAGGAACACUGCUGGCAAUCCUGGAGAAAUGUGGAGUGAUCCCUGAAGUUCAGAUCAUUGAUGGGAAGGAGGUGGGAGCUGGGACAGUGGCUGCUGGCUACCAGAACUUCAUCAUCUGUAUUGAAAUGUUCUUUGCUUCCAUUGCCCUGCGCUAUGCAUUCACCUGCCAGGUGUACAGGGAGAAGAAAGAAAACUCAACAGCAAACCUCGCCCCAAUGCAGAGCAUCUCGAGUGGGCUGAAGGAGACCAUCAGCCCCCAGGACAUCGUGCAGGAUGCCAUCCACAACUUCUCACCCACGUACCAGCAGUACACCCAGCAGGCCAUGCAGGAGGCAGAGCGCAAAGUGCCGGGGCAGAAUGGGCACGUGGCCUCCAAGAUAGAUGGACAGAGCAGCAGGAAGAGCAAAAACAUUGAAAAGAGAAUGCUCAUCCUGUCAGAUGAGGAGUUGUAGGAGGUAUCAGAAAAGACACUGACACUAAAGAGGUUUUAACUCGUGCAAAGGGGAGGUGUCUUGAGGCUGCGACAGCCUGGGCUAAUCAGAGUACUGAGAAGCCAGGAACUCUAUCCAAAAAGCCAGUCUCUCCAAGGGAAGAUGCAAUAACCCAGAAAAGGUUAAGUCAAAUAGUGCCAGCUUCUGCUGUCACGGAUGGAGCCAUGCUGCCCUGCUGCUGCUGUCUCUCUGCCAGCCCUGUGCCAAUGCUGGGGGAUGCCAGGCAGGGAGGGAAGCCGGGGUGCAGGAGAGACCGGCCGCCCUCACCCUCCUCUUACCUCCAAGCAGUGCUGAGGCCUGAGAGAAAUGCUUUUCUCAGCACAGUUCUGCUCUAGUUUCUCCCAAUUUGAGUAAAAAAUUAUCUCCAAGGGCUCUGUGGAGAAAACCAGCCCAGGAAGGUGACUUCGCUUCACCUCAAAACCCGGUAAAGGUUGAAAGACGUCAUUCCUUAUUUUUACAUCUUUCCCCCUCUCCUUCUCACAGCAAAGCUUAUAGAGAUGUGCAAAAGACCUUUACCAUAGAGAAAGUCAUCCUCUUCUCCCUCCAGAUGUGGAUGCAGCUGUCCAAGUAACUCCCCCGGGAGUGUGCAGGACCUCACUGGGACUAACCAGAGGUCCGCAGCUGCAUUUCUGAGAGCUGCUGGUGACAGAAGUGCCUGUUUAUGUCAAAACCAGCUUAUCUCUGAACGGAUCAGAAGUUAAAAGGGAUUCCAGCUUCCUUAUCAGAAUCUUUAUUAGGGAACCAGACUGUGACUGGUGAUGGUAGGAAUUCACUUACUGAGAACUGUCUGUUCCUCCUAACCCUUCAUUAUUCCGUAUCCCUGGGCUUUGCCUGAUCUGUGAGAAGGCAGGCAGGAGCUGAGCCCAGCUGGGUGACCAUGGCAAGGAUAGUGAGGUGCUGAGGGAUGUUGCCAUGCAGGGCAAGACCACAGACAAGGGAAGACUGUGUAUGGAGGGAUGCUCCUCAUAUUAGUGAUGGUGAGCUCACAUUCUCCUGUUAAGACUUCUUUUCCUUUCUUCCCCAGUUUUUAGUCUUAAUUCCUAUUCUCCUGAUAAUGAGAUGAUCCCUGGGAAUGAAUUUAGGCACUGGUUGAGCUGUUGUCUGGGAAGAUAGCUGGCUAGUGGAGGGAUGAAGGCAAAUCUACAGCCUCAGAUUUGCAGUGUGGCAAACAAACCAAUGGAUAAGGCUUGGAGCCCUUUUGAACACAACUCAUAUAACUGGGAUCUUUUUUUCCCUGCUCUUAGCUGCAAAAUGUAAAUCACAACACAAAAUUAUUUAUUUUUUUUUCUAAUAAACAGCAAUUUCUAGCACAGA